CCUGAGAUCAUGACCUGAGCUGAAAUCAAGAGUUGGACACUUAACCAUCUGAGCCACCCAGGCGCCCCUAAACCAAGUUAUUUUUAUGCUCAUUACUUUCCCUGUGUUCUUUCCAUCUUUCAAGGAUAACAUGAAGGGAGUGUGGAGUACUCACUUUUGGCACAUUCUGGGUUCUGGUCAUAGGACCCAUUUGGGUCUCAGCUCCCACUCGUGUGUCUGCUGUGCUUGCUGGUACCUGAGCUGGAGAUGUUUGGGUUCCCCACUCCAAAUCCCGGGUUGAACAUUCUGGUCAGCACAUGCUGACCCUUCCCUUAGAUGUGCUUGAUGCUGUCUGAAAAGGCACUUAACUCUUGUCCCACAGUGCUGAGGCGGUGCGGUGGACAGCUAGGACUGCGUUCGCAUGUGUCCUGGGAACUGGGGGCACGCACGGACUUGCUUGUCUGCGGGGAGAUCCUGGACUAUGGGGCUCUUGGCUUCUGGUGAUUGGAACAGGGAGGACUCCCAGCCCUGAGGCAGAGAAGGGAGGCAAACAAUUGCCUCUUUUUGCCCGCCCUCAGAGACUGUUCCUGUCCUGAGCCAAGCCCAGCCUCUUGCUCCAAGGCCCGAGGGGCUCUGAACAAGGUCCUUUCUCACCAAACUGCCUACUGACACUGUCGCCCUUGGGGACUCUGACGCCCUUGGGGCCUCUGGUCCUGGUAGCACUCCACCGGCUCGGAGUAGCCUUGUCUGCAGGAGGCAGCCGCUGCUCGCCUUGAGCGGACUGUCCACGUAGGCCCAGUGCUGUUAGAUGUUCUCAUUUUUCACAAGAGGCUGGAAAUCCAGAUUUAAACAUAAGUCUUUCUAUUUUAAAAAUACUGGCGACUAAUUUAAAUGGGAAAACAGACUACUGUGUAAACCACAGCACUCUUACCUGCAGGUGAGUCCUGGCCCGCAGACCUCUAACCUGCAAGCCCCGCUCUAGACUCGGCCCCUCCCCUGGUGGCAGGAGCACCUGUAGGACUUACGGAAACCCGAAGGCGACCAGCAUAGCCCAGCUCUGUGCUUACUUACAUGGGCUCCAGCAACUCCACUGAGCCAUGUCUCCCCACAGCUGCUCUGCCCGCCUCCUUCCAGGAGCCCAAGACGGGCGGGAGUUAGCACCUCACCCAACUCAUGAGCCGCACACCCCUCCACCUGCCCCUGCUGAAUGCUGAUCUCUCGAUUCCCAUCUGUUUUUUUCUAUGCAUUAAUCCAUCUGGUCUCCAGAAUGAGGGAGCAUGAAGACCUUGGGGUUAGACAGGCAAAGCAGGACCAAAUAGCAUCAGCGUGCGCUGGUCCACACGAGCAGCACAUAGACGAUGGACCCAUUUGAGGGCAAAAAUCUUUGUCUGCAGCCCUCUGCAAGAUUCAGGGUGGCAAGGGGGCAGCUGUGAGCAUCUUUGGGGACUGCCUCUGGAAGCACCUACUCAGGUAUGGUCUCGGACUCACUGAACAGGUGUGGAUUUCCCAGGGAACCUUCUCCAUUAGAAAGAGUCAUUUUCCAGAAAAUCUAUAAAUGGGUCUUCCAGAGGCCACAGCCUGGGUUCGUUUUCCCAGGUCUGGGUAGUCUGGGCCUAGGGGCUGACCUUUGCCUUCUGUUUCCUGAGCAGGUCAAGGCAUUGCCUAGCACUGUCUCUGAGGGCUGUGCUCUGGGCUCUCCAGAAUUAGCACCCCAGGAACUCAGACAUGGAGCAGUGGCCUCCCUAUCAUACCUAGCUCAGACUGGCAACAAACUCUGUGUCACAGGGUGGGUUCUCCGUGGCCUGUGGAUGCACUGAGGUCCCUGGUGGCUUUUCUGAAGUGGCCUCUAGAGUCCAUUGGAGUCCUCCCCACCACGCUCCUCAGCCUCUGACCGUUCUCCAGAGGAUGACGACUUCAAGGAAGAAGCCGAUGCUACUUAGAGGUUAAUGGACUUUACCCAGAGCUGGCAGCGAGAUGGAGCACCGUCCAGAGACGCCAUUUACAGAUGCAGUCAGUGUCACGAGCAGCCCAGAUGAGCACUGUCAAAAAGUAGACAGGCUAGGGGAGCCACUUGGGGGGGAAGAAAGGAUGAAACCUCCUUGUGAGGACACACCCCUGCUUUGGGGUCAUGUUGCAGGACACCAGCCUCGAUUUCAGUCCUCCCACCUGACCUGGAGCCCUAGGUGUUAGGCAGCCUCAUUGUUUUGGCUGCCCUUUAGGUGAGGUGUGAAGAGACAGAUUUCAGGGAUUUGCAGUCAGUGGACAUGACUUUCCAUAGACUCACCUCUUACCGUUGAGGUGGGAGAAUCGUCAAACCUGUGCUCUUAUGUGUGGAGAAGGCAGACAACCAUGUGCGCUCUACAUUCCCCACCUCUUAAGAGCUGGAGGAUGGUUAUUUCCAUUUCGUUAAAACAGAACUAUCUCACAGAUCACCAGUUUGAAGACAUUGAGCGUGGGGAUUUGGGGCCCUUGAGUUGAGUGAAGGACAGUGGGUCCAGGCAUGUGAACUUCAUGUGUCGUCAGCACCUGGAUAGUAAAUUUCCCAGAACGCCUCUAAGGAGAGAUUUCUGUCUCACAAAGAAUAUUAAACAGAGCUCUGUACACGAUCCUGUGGGAGCACAAGUCUGUCUCAGGAGGUAAGACACUUGAGUCACGAGUGAAGAAAACAGGGAUUUUCUAGUUAUCCCCUAACCCUCCCCCCUGGGAGAUUUCUGAGGCAGAAAUAACUGCUUUUUUCAAGUUGAUCUUUGAUGUCGCAUCUCUGUACCACCGCGUGAAGUGGGUGCUUUACCCUCUGUUCACAGGAUAAGGAUUCUGAGGCUCAGAGAGAUGGUUUCAUUAGUGGGGACUGAGUCUGGACUCGAACCCAGGUUGACUACAGGCACCUCUCUGCAGUGUUACUCAGGAAAGCAGCUUUCUGGCAUGGCCUAGGCCUCUUACUUCAAAGGGCAAAGGGAUGCAUUUUUCUCUUCAUGUCUUUCCAUGGCCCGAUCUUUCAUUCUGGUUUCAGAUUGCCAGUCUGGCUCCAGUCCUCUGUCAUUGGUCAGUAACUCCCUGGGUCGUGUUCCACACUUAAAGAUGGAAGUAAUUGCUUCAAGAUGUGGCCCUUUAAGGAGAGAACAAAUGGAAAGGCCACUUCUUUUUAUCAGCUCCAGUCUCAAACUGAGCUUUGGAAAAAGGAAAUGACGGUUCUCUUGGAGAUGUAAGUUUUUUUUCCAUCUCCAGGAAAGGAGAUGUAUUUGCCCUUCUGGAGGAGGUUACUGGUAGUGGUGAAGCAAGAGGGGUGAGUGAUAAUUUUGUUCAUUGGGGGUUUUUUCUUAAAGUUUCGUGACCUAGUUUUAUGAUGCUUCAUAGGACAAAAGUCUCCUGCCUUCCAUACCACCCCUCCGCUUCCUUUGUGCUCUCCACAGGCAACCUUAAAACAGUUGGGAGAGCAGGAGCUCAUGCAGCUGGUGAAACCUGUCCCCCUUAUCUCCAGCCCCUGCCUCCCCACACUUCACCUCUCCCUGCAUCACUGUAGCUGCAUGAUUCCAAGAGAUUCCCAGCCGGAUCCACCCUGUGCAUCCGAGUGGGGACCGAGCCUUGCCUUGGUGCCCCAGACAGAAAGGCUGGAUCCAGAGAGGACCCCAGGCUUCAGCAUGAGAGCUAGGGAGCCAACAACCUUUCUCUUAAGGCACAGACUGAGUAAAAGCAGCUGGCAAAGGAGACGGAGGAGAAAAAGAAAGAUCAGGAAAACCGCAAGGAUGAGGUGGAAAGUAGCAUCUAGACUGAUCAGUGGAUGAAGGGUACGUGGUUGAAAGUUGAGAAACACAGGUCACAUCUGAAAGUUCGGACACUGGUCCCUAGAACCAGAACUAUUUCGGUGCCCUACCUGGUGAAGGCAGAAGCUGGGUUGCAGGCAUGCAGACGUCUGGUGGAGAAGUGACGGGAAAGUGAGGAAGAAGAGGCAGCAAGGGUACAUUACUGUUUUAGAGCUUGGCUGUGAAGGGGUGAGGGUGGGGAUGAAGAAAGAGCACAUUCAUACCAGCACCCAGAGCAUGCGUUUGCCCUGCGAGAGCAGAAGAGAGUUGAUGGCGGUUGCUUCAGGGGAAGGCAAGGUCAAGAGGGGAAGUUCUUAUGAAUGUCAGAAAUUUGAUCAUGUUUAUAGCCUGAGGAAUGGGAGCUGAUGGUGAAAGAGAUUAAAUGCCUGUCAGAGUGGAUGAUUAAUGGUCCUACCCUAGUGUAGUGCAGAGCGGGCAGGAACUUCCUCACAGGCAGGACAGAGGUGAGGGAGAGCCUAGGACCAGGUGAGUAGGCGUCCUUCGGAGGGAGAAACCGGACCAGAAUUCGGAGAUCACAGCCAAAUGCUAAUGACUGACUGGGGAGGUAACUUGAAAGCCUGGACGUCAAGCUGUGUGGGGAUGGCAUGAAGUGUAGAGAACGAGAGGUAGUCAGCAACAGGAAGGUGGGUCAGAUGGGGCAAUUCCAGGGCAAACUCUAGAAUCAUUGGGUCCUUGAACAUACGCUUUUUAUGUGCAACCUGGAAACUUACUGGGCUUCAGCGUGGUUCUUAAAGGGGAAAGAACCCAACAUGAGAUGUGGGCUUGCUUGCUCUAAGACACGGAUGUAAGAGAUUUGAAUGAGAGAUGAUUCUGGGAAACUUUGAAAUAGAGAAGAUGUAAAUUCAACGAAUGAUCAGAUUAUUUUUAAAUAUCUUUUCACUAAACAGGAGAGGUUAUUUGAGGAGAAGAGGGACAAAUAGAGGGGCUUAUGGCUGGAGAAGCAUGGGGAAGGUUGGGAGCAAUCUCUAAAAGGAGCCAACCAGGGAUGAAUGCAAGGGUGCGGCGGUAUUGGAAGUUCAGCUGUAAUUAGAUAGCAUAAAUUUGUAUGGAAACCAGUUGGCAUCAUUAAGUGUCGUGUAGCAGCAGUUUUCAGGCCAUAGGGACUAGAAACAGACAAAAGGCUCUGAGGUUUGGCAUGGACUGGGCUCUGGCAAAGCAAGUGCACUUCCAGUCUGGGGGCAGGGAUGAGCUGGGUGAGGGAUUUCCUGGUGCAGAUGUGAUACAGUUGAAAUGACCUCGAGGUAUGAAAUGGGUAAGGAGGCAAAUAUUACUAAAUGGUAGUUGAUAAACUAGUGGCCACAGAAGAAGAAAUUAAAGAUUAUUUAAGUCACUAAUUGAGAAAGUUUAAGGGUCAAAGGACUGUGGCCAGAGGAGACCAUUUCAGAGCUGAAGAUUUUAGAAGCAGAGUGAACGCAUUCUGGACAAAGGUGAGGGCCAAGUGGUGACCAUCCCACUGAGAAGUUGAGGCAAAGUGGAAGCAAAGCCCAUUGGCAUUGUGGUCAAGAAAUCUGAAGCCAGAGUGGAUAUGGGCAGACUAACAAGGAUGUCAAAGUUACUGAGGAAAUGGAAUGUGCCCAAACUAGGUAGUGAAACUGAGCUGCUAAGCCGCACAUCUCUUGAGACCCAGAAGCUCGAUCUGAUGACUGAAGUGUCUGAGUUGAAGCUCAAGCUGGUUGGCAUGGAGAAGGAACAGAGAGAUCAGGAGGAGAAGCAGAGAAAAGCAGAGGAGUUACUGCAAGAGCUCAGGCACCUCAAAAUCAAGGUGGAAGAGUUGGAGAAUGAACAGAAUCAGUAUGAGUGGAAGCUGAAGGCCACUAAGGCUGAGGUCGCCCAGCUACAAGAGCAGGUGGCCCUGAAGGAUGCAGAAAUUGAGCGUCUACACAGCCAGCUCUCCCGGACUGCAGCCCUCCACAGUGACCAUGCAGAGAAAGACCAAGAAAUUCAACGUCUGAAAAUGGGGAUGGAAACCUUGCUUGUUGCCAAUGAAGAUAAGGACCGUCGGAUAGAGGAGCUCACGGGGCUGCUGAACCAGUACCGAAGGGUGAAGGAGGUGAUGAUGGCAGCUCAAGGGCCUUCAGAACGAAGUCUCUCAAUCAAUGAAGAAGAACUCGAGGGAAGUUUCGGAAAGUGGAACGCUGCGAAUAAAGGCCCUGAAGAAUUAUUUAAACCAGAGAUACCUCCAAGAUGUAGCUCUCCCACCGUGGGGCCGCCUCCUCUACCGCAGAAAUCACUGGAAACCAGGGCUCAGAAGAAACUCUCAUGUAGUCUAGAAGAUCUGAGAAGUGAACCUGUGGACAAGUGUGUCAGUGGGAACCAGCUCUCCCCAGUGGUCGAACCCAAGGACAGCCCUUUCCUGGCAGAGCACAAAUACCCCACGUUACCUGGGAAGCUUUCAGGAGCUACGCCCAACGGCGAGGCUGCCAAGUCGACUCCCACUGCCUCCCAGCCUGACCCUGCAGGGAGCAGCCUGCUGCGGCUGAGGGAGACAGAGAGUGGUUGGGACGACACUGCCGUGGCCAACGACCUCUCAUCCACAUCGUCGGGCACCGACUCAAGCCCCCAGUCUCCCCUGACGCCAGAUAGUAAACGGAGCCCCAAAGGCCUCAGGAAGUUCUGGGGAAAAAUCCGAAGAACUCAGUCCGGGAACUUCAACACCGAUGCCCCAGGAAUGGCAGAGUUUCGACGAGGUGGGCUCCGGGCGACGGCAGGGCCGAGGCUCUCUAGGAUCAGAGACCCCAAGGGUCAGAAAUGUGACGCCAGUGCCCCCUUUGGCCAGUGGAGCACAGAGCGCGUGUGUGCGUGGCUGGAAGACUUCGGUCUGGGCCAGUACGUGAUCUUUGCCCGACAGUGGGUGACUUCCGGCCACACUUUACUGUCAGCCACCCCCCAGGACAUGGAAAAGGAGUUGGGAAUUAAGCAACCUCUGCACAGGAAGAAGCUGAUUUUAGCUGUGAAAGCCAUCAACACCAAGCAGGAGGAGAAGUCGGCCCUGCUGGACCACAUCUGGGUGACACGUUGGCUCGAUGAUAUUGGCUUACCGCAAUACAAAGACCAGUUUCACGAGUCCAGAGUGGACGGGCGAAUGCUGCAGUACCUAACUGUGAAUGAUCUCCUCUUCUUAAAAGUCACCAGCCAACUACAUCAUCUCAGCAUCAAAUGUGCCAUUCAUGUGCUGCAUGUCAACAAGUUCAACCCCCACUGCCUGCACCGGCGGCCAGCUGACGAGAGUAACCUUUCUCCUUCCGAAGUUGUGCAGUGGUCCAACCACAGGGUGAUGGAGUGGUUGCGAUCUGUGGACCUGGCGGAGUAUGCACCCAACCUUCGCGGGAGUGGUGUCCACGGAGGCCUCAUCAUCCUGGAGCCACGCUUCACCGGGGACACCCUAGCUAUGCUCCUCAACAUCCCACCACAAAAGACGCUCCUCAGACGCCACCUAACCACCAAAUUCAGUGCCCUCAUUGGUCCUGAGGCUGAGCAGGAAAAGCGAGAGAAAAUGGCCUCACCGGCUUACACACCACUGACCACCACAGCCAAAGUCCGGCCAAGGAAACUAGGAUUUUCGCAUUUUGGAAACAUAAGAAAAAAGAAAUUCGAUGAGUCGACGGACUACAUUUGCCCCAUGGAGUCCAGUGACAGUGCUGGUGACAGUCACAGGGCCUACAGUGGCUGCCGGGGCCUCAGCCCCCUCAAUACACCUGAACUGGACAGACUGGACCAGGUGGGACGGAUUAGCUGACGGCCUUGCUAACUGUCCUGUCUGUGCACCCUGAAAGCUUCAUCGUAACACUGCGUGUGUCCCCAUAGAGCUGCACCUCACCCCCGCCCCUGUGCAUGCCUCACAGAGAACAUUCCGGCUGCUGUGUACCCCAGGCCAGUCUCUCUCUGAACUCUGGGGGUGGCCAGGGUGUGAAGUGGCACUUCCGCUAAGGGGCCAGGCUUUGGGGACUGUUGCCAAAGAUGGACAUGGGAGGAAAGACACAAAGGUGCUUGUACUUCUGUAGUCAUUCUUAGUGGCAGUCUUCGGCACCGUUGGAAACACACGACCCUGGACACGGGUCCAGAGACCACAGACGAUCCCCAGAGGCUCGACUCUCGGGCCCCUCCGCUGGGCUCCCGUUGAAGGGCAAUCUCAAGUGCCUUAGGCCUGUGGCCACAGAGUCGUGGCUGAGAUCCCAGGGAUGGCAGCAGGGACUCCUGCCGCAGUGACGGCAUAACUGUGUUGUGCCUUACCCACAGAGGUGGUCGCUUCUUUCUGGUAAUAAAGACAAUAUUUAUGUAGAAAGCAAA